UGCACUCAUGUGUCGCCCCCAAUCCAGUGCCCCAGGGCCCAGCGAAGUUGCCCAUGGCUGGGUGCAGCGCUGCAAAAUUGUUGGAGAGGAGGAUUGUCUGCAUGACACCUUCCUCUUUAGCAAAGAUUACCGCCGGCAGGGAAGGGCACCUCCGCGUUUGAAGCUGCUCCCUCUGCAGCUCUGUCGGCUCGAGAGCAAGCUGUUGACAGUUGUGUGGACAGCAGCUUCACAAGAGCAGUCUGCCAAGAAUAAUCACAUCCCUAGAG